GAGGAAGGUAACGAGCACCGAAAUACUCAUAGCAGGAAUUGCCACAGUCAGAAAGCGGAAACACUCUCACGCGCACACCGCCGGUGAAAGUUUUGUGGAUAACAGCCUUGUCAGAUGAACUCACAUUUUGAGUGACCUGUGAGAAGAAGGAAACAUUUUUUCUGUCUCCAUCCAUCUCAAGAGCAGCCAUGCCUGUUCUCUCACCUACCACAGGUUUACAUGAGAUGCUAGCACUUCUUACUUCCCAACUGCAUCCAGAAGCGAAUCACAAGGAGGACUUGGUGUUCCUGAGGGAGGUCUUCAGUGAGAGGAGUCUAAGCUAUCUUAUGAAAAUCCAUGAGCGAUUGAGGCAGUUCCACCUCUACAGUCCAACCCCUGUGCUCCACAGUGCUUCCUGCCUGGCUGAAGAUGUCGCAGAGGAGCUACAAAACGGAUCACUGGAAGAAGAUGAGAGAGAGCUAUUAGCACUUCUUUCCACUCCGCAUGUAAAGGCAGUGCUAACAGUACAUGACACGGUGGCACAGAAGAACUUCGAGCCAGUGCUCCCACCUCUGCCGAAUGAUCUGGAGGAUGAACUGGAAGAGGAAUCGGUGAAAAUUGUGCGUUUAGUGAAGAACAAGGAGCCUCUUGGUGCAACCAUCCGCAGGGACGAAGUAACUGGGGCGGUGGUGGUUGCUAGGAUCAUGAGGGGCGGAGCUGCAGACCGCAGUGGUCUGGUUCAUGUUGGAGACGAGUUAAGGGAGGUCAAUGGAAAUCUCAUUAUACACAAACGUCCUGAGGAGAUCAGCCAGAUUCUGUCUCAGUCUCAAGGCUCGAUCACACUGAAGAUAAUUCCUGCCAUUAAGGAAGAGGACAGAUUCAAGGAGAGUAAGGUCUAUUUAAGGGCACUGUUCGAUUACACACCAUAUGAGGACAAGGCAACUCCCUGUCAAGAGGCAGGACUACCUUUCUUAUGUGGGGAUGUCCUGCAGGUCGUGAGCCAAGAUGAUCCAACAUGGUGGCAGGCCAAAAGAGUGGGAGACAGCAACCUGCGUGCCGGACUUAUUCCUUCAAGACAAUUCCAAGAGCGGCGGCUGCUGUAUAGGAUGAAAAUGGGAACACAUCAGAGCCCUAAAUCACCUAGAGCAACACCAUGUGACCAAACUUGUGAAAAAGAGGACUGUGACAGUGAGGGCAGUGUCAGUGGACAGCAUGUAGUUUCUCCAAAGUGUAAGGCGGUGGCACCGUCCUGUGGCCAGGCCUUUUCCUGGGAGUUUUACUCAGCUGGUCUAAGGAGAAGCUUCAGGCUGAGCCGCAAGGAUCACCUGGGUUCGAAUAAAGAGUCUCAUAUACCAGAAUCCACAGAGAAUGAAUUCCUCAUAUAUGAAGAGGUGACCCUACAUCAGAUGAGACUGCAAGAUAAACCAAGGCUUGUGGUACUUAUAGGAUCACUCGGAGCUCGGAUCAAUGAACUGAAGCAGAAGGUGAUUGCUGAGAAUCCUCAACGAUAUGGAGUCGCUGUGCCACACACAACAAGACCCAGAAAGAGCCAUGAGAAGGAAGGCGUAGAAUACCACUUCAUCUCCAAGCAGGCCUUUGAUGCUGAUAUUCAGUCUAAUAAAUUUAUUGAAUAUGGUGAAUAUAAGAAUAACCAAUAUGGGACAAGUUUGGAGUCAAUUCGCAGUGUCCUGGCCAGAAACAAAGUGUGUCUGGUAGAUGUUCAGCCUGAGGCCCUGAAAAUCCUUCGUACAUCAGAGUUUAAGCCGUAUGUGAUCUUCGUGAAGCCACGCAUCCCUGAGAUCCGGCGGCAGCGCAGCUCUCCCACAUCACCAGAAAGGGGCGACAAUGGACACAUUACAGAGGAAGACCUGCUGGACAUGAAGCAUUCAGCCGAGCAGAUGGAUCAGCAAUAUGGCCACCUAGUGGACAGGGUCCUGAUAAAGGAGGACUCUGCCAGUGCCUGUGUAGAGCUGAGGCUUAUUCUGGAAAGACUCGAAAGGGAGCCACAGUGGGUGCCUGUCAGCUGGGUCCGUUCUUGAUCCUCGCUGCUCCCUUAAAGAGAUAGAACACCCAAAAAAUACAAUUUUGUCAUCAUUUACUCACCCUCAAGUAGUUAUAAAUCUAAGUUUAUUUCUUCUGUUAAACACAAACGAAGAUGUUUUGAAGAAAGCUGAAAGUCUGCCACCACUGACUUCCAUAGCAUUUGUUUUUCCUACUAUGAAAGUCAAUUGUCACAGGUUUUCAUUCUCUCAUUUAUUUUCCUUCGACUUAGUCCUUUAUUUAUCAGGGGUCGCCACAGCGGAAUGAACCGCCAACUAUUCCGGCAUAUGCUUUACACAGUGAAUGCCCUUCCAGCCACAACUCAGAACUGAAAAACACUGAUACAUCCUCACAUUCACACACACACUCAUGCACUACGGCCAAUUUAGUUAAUCCAAAUCACCUAUAGUGUAUGUCUUUGGACUAUGGGGGAAAUGCCAACUGACCCAGCUGGGACCAGUGACCUUCUUGCUGUGAGCUAGCUGACAGUGCUAACCACUGCGCCACCGUACCGCCCUACAGGUUUUCAGCUUUUUUUUUUUUUUUUAUCUUAUUUUUUUCAA